ACUCUGGUGGGCGCCGCCAUCUUGUUUCGGCGGAGCUUGAAAAGGCGCUUCCGGGUGAGCUUGUCGGUCGGCGUUGUUGGUGUUGAGAGGUCUGCGCGGUUAGUCUUCUUAGCCUUUGUUUCGACGGGAGGUUGAGACGAAGAGCCGUCCCGAUGGCGGUGGAGUCUCGCGUUACUCAGGAGGAGAUUAAAAAGGAGCCCGAAAAGCCGAUCGACCGCGAGAAGACUUGUCCCCUGUUGCUGAGGGUCUUCACGACCAACAAUGGGCGUCAUCACCGAAUGGAUGAGUUUGCCCGUGGAAAUGUACCUUCUAGUGAACUUCAGAUCUACACAUGGAUGGAUGCAACUUUAAAAGAGCUGACCAGCUUAGUGAAGGAAGUCUAUCCAGAAGCAAGGAAGAAGGGGACACACUUCAAUUUUGCAAUAGUUUAUACAGAUCUUAAAAGGCCUGGGUACAGGGUGAAGGAAAUUGGCAGUACAAUGUCAGGAAGAAAGGGCACAGAUGAUUCCAUGACUCUACAGUCUCAGAAGUUCCAGAUAGGGGAUUACCUCGACAUAGCAAUUACUCCUCCAAAUCGAGCGCCACCUCCUUCUGGUCGUAUGAGACCUUACUGAUAUUUUGUCUUAUAUUACUGCCAUCUGCAGAUUCUCACUGAUUAGUUUCUGCAUUAUCUUACUGAUUUUUUUCUUCUAAAUGUAAAGUAGAAUACUAGAACACUUAGUAACCCUAGAAAGUAUUGAAGUUAGUUUAAAUUAUGUUAUUGUAAAAGGAGUGCCCUUAAGUGGUUAAUUUUCUGUCAGGUUUUUAUGAAGUUGGCCCGAGCAACACAGCAGUUUUCUGUAUUUUUUAAAACUUGUUAUGGAACAAAUAUAUCAUUAAGCCUAACUUAAAAUAUGUGAUUAAAAGAAUUGAUGUAUUUCAUAAAUACAGUUUUAUUAUAAAAUGAA